ACACCAACAAUGGCACCACCUUCCAUCGUAACUAACGGCGACGUUGCUCCAACUUCCAUCACAACUCGAUUCGCCUCAGUCUACAGCGAAGUUCAAAACAGUCGCGUCGAUCACGAUCUCCGUCUUCCUUCAGUUCUUAAAAAACCAUUCGCCAUUGUCGACGGUCCUAAAAGCUCCGCCGCCGGGAAUCCAGAUGAGAUCGCAAAGCUGUUUCCAUAUUUGUUUGGACAACCUUCUGCUGCGGUUGUGCCUGCGGAUUUGAAGUCGGCGCUUCCUUAUAAGAAGUUGAAGGUUGGUGUUGUUCUCUCUGGUGGUCAGGCUCCCGGAGGUCACAAUGUCAUUUCUGGAAUUUUCGAUUACCUGCAACAGCGUGCUAGUGGAAGCACAUUGUAUGGUUUCAAGGGUGGUCCUGCCGGCAUUAUGAAAUCCAAAUUUGUUGAACUUAGCUCUGAUUAUAUUUAUCCUUACAGAAAUCAGGGUGGUUUUGACAUGAUUUGCAGUGGGAGGGACAAGAUCGAAACUCCAGAGCAGUUUAAACAAGCUGAAGAAACAGUAAAGAAGCUAGACUUGGAUGGGCUUGUUGUUAUUGGUGGAGAUGACUCAAACACCAAUGCAUGCCUCCUUGCCGAGAACUUCAGGAGCAAAAAUUUAAAAACACAGGUGCUUGGAUGCCCUAAAACCAUUGAUGGAGAUUUGAAAUGCAAAGAAGUUCCCACAAGCUUUGGGUUUGAUACUGCAUGCAAGAUAUAUGCAGAAAUGAUUGGAAAUGUUAUGAUAGAUGCUCGAUCAACCGGAAAAUAUUACCAUUUUGUGAGACUUAUGGGGCGUGCAGCUUCACACAUUACACUGGAAUGUGCUCUACAAACUCAUCCAAACGUUACUAUUAUUGGAGAAGAGGUUGCUGCAAAGAAGCUGACACUGAAAAAUGUCACUGACUAUAUUGUAGAUGUUAUCUGUAAAAGAGCCGAAGAUAAUUAUAACUAUGGGGUCAUUCUUAUUCCUGAAGGUCUAAUUGAUUUCAUUCCCGAGGUCCAGCAACUUAUUGCGGAACUCAAUGAAAUUCUUGCUCAUGAUAUUGUAGAUGAGGGUGGUUUGUGGAAGAAGAAACUCGCUGAUCAGUCUUUGGAGCUUUUUGAAUUUUUACCUCAAGCAAUUCAAGAACAAUUGAUGCUUGAAAGAGAUCCACAUGGAAACGUUCAGGUUGCCAAAAUAGAAACAGAGAAGAUGCUUAUCGAAAUGGUUGAAACUGAGUUGGGGAAGAGAAAACAAGAAGGCAAAUAUAAAGGAGAAUUUAAAGGGCAGUCUCACUUUUUCGGUUAUGAAGGGAGAUGUGGUUUGCCAACUAAUUUUGAUGCUAAUUAUUGCUAUGCUCUGGGUUAUGGUGCUGGAGCCCUCCUUCAGAGCGGCAAGACUGGUCUAAUAUCAUCGGUUGGGAACCUAUGUGCUCCAGUUGAAGAGUGGACAGUUGGUGGAACUGCACUCACUUCACUGAUGGAUGUGGAGAGGAGACACGGUAAAUUCAAGCCCGUGAUCAAGAAGGCAAUGGUGGAGCUUGAAGGGGCACCCUUCAAAAAAUUUGCCUCCUUGCGUGACGAGUGGGCCCUGAAGAAUUGCUACGUCAGUCCAGGUCCAAUUCAAUUCACUGGCCCAGGAUCUGAUGCAGUUAGUCACACUCUACUUUUGGAGUCUGGAUUUUAAGCAUAGGCAUAAAUGGCGCCCUUGUUUUAAUGGUGGCAAUUCAUUUUUGUGGGAUCUCACUAAUAUAUUUUGAUCUCAUCGGAUACUAGCUAGGUUUUUUCCCGUUUACUUUUGAAAUUUACCAGCAAAUGGUUCAUGAGUGGGUUGAUUUUUUAAAAUUAAAUAAACUCUGAUUUUGCAUUUUACGUUGGCAGUCUAUGUUCUUAACAAC